CACACCCUAGAUCUAUUCUCAGUACAAUGUACACUUGAACUCAUUAGAAGUGGACAAAUAUGAAAAAUUCUUUAAAGACAAUAUUCCCAGAAUUACUUUUCUAUAUUCCAAGAAUUUAAAGUCUGAUAAAAGCAAGAAUUCCUGAAAGUGACUUAUGACAAGUUAUUUUUGACUAACAUGAAGAAAUUAUGUCCCUUUAUUUGAUUCUCUUUUUCCUUUUUCAAUUUAUUCAUCCAACACCAAAUCUCACUAUACAGUAGGUAUUUCUUGGAUUCCCCUUAAACCAUACUUUGUUUCACAAUUCACACUUACAAGACAGUCUUUUUUUUAUGUUCAUUAGGACACAAACACAACACUAUUGUUGAGCAGUGAUGUCUUUUUCAAGUGGAAGAUCAACAGGACAAUCUUAUAAUGGGAUUGUAAGAAGAAUGGUGAGUCUUCCUAGAAAUAUAAUUGGUGGAUUUUCAAGAGUAAUGGAUCAAGGAAUGGACUUAAUGAGAAUUGGAGGAAGAAGAAAUCAACAAGCUCAAUUACCACAUCCAAAUUUCCCUUACCAACACCCUUAUGAGUUCCCUUUUCAAGAUCCAUUUGAUUUUCCUCCACAAAGUUACUCACAUGACCCUUCAAUGGUCCAAGAUGAGUGGGGUUUUUUAACUACUUUUGAGCAAGAAUAUGGAACUGAACAUCCAUUUUUCUAUGCUUGUAAGUUCAUGGAUGCACUAAAGAUAGCAAAGGAUGAGCACAAGUUCUUGUUUGUGUACUUUCACUCUCCACAACAUCCUUUUACCCCUUCUUUCUGCAGUGAGACUUUGUGUUGUGACCUUGUGGUGCAGUUUCUUGAUGCAAAUUAUGUUUGUUGGGGUGCACUUGCUGAUAGAGGGGAGGGUUUGCAGAUGUUAACAAGUUUAAGGGCUUCAAGCUUCCCUUUUUGUGCCCUUGUGGCUCCUGCUCCUGGAGAUAGCAUAGCUGUGCUGCAACAGUUGGAGGGUCCAGUUUCUCCAGCUGAGUUAGUGGAGAUAUUACAAAGAACAAUGGAAGAACAAGGAUUGGCUUUUGGCAGUGAAAGGGCCAAAGAGCAAGAAAAGUUAAGGGCAGACCGUCGACUAAGGGAAGAACAAGAUGUAGCUUACAUUGCAUCUCUUCAGAUUGAUGAGGAGAAAGAGAAAUUCAAGAACGUAACGCCCUCACAGCGGUAUUCAAAACCAGAACAUGUUCCAAAUAAAUCAAAUCAAGAGAAACCUAAACAAAAUCCAACACAGAUCCAAUCCAGUAAGCAAAAAGAAGCUCCUUCUGCCGUAGCAACUAUGCAAAACCCUUCACCAUCCCAAUGUAGCAAGAAGAAAGAAUCUAUCUUUGCCAAAGUAACUAUGCAAAAUCCUACACAGUCCCAUUCAAGUAAGAAGAAAGAGCCUACUGUUAAUGCAAGUGGAGUGAAAAAUGCUCCAAUGACUCAGAUUGCAAUUCGAUUUCCAAAUGGUGAGAGGAGGGAGCAGAGCUUCUCAUCUGCAGACAAGAUUCAAGCAAUUUUUAGGUACGUCGAUUCACUAGGGUUGCCUGGAGUUGGAAAUUACAGAUUGAUAUCAAACUUUCCAAGGAAAGUGUAUGGUGUGGAUCAAAUGGGAGUGACACUCAAAGAUGCAGGCCUUCAUCCUAAAGCAAGCCUCUUCCUAGAGCUUCUUUGAACUUAUAAUUAAUCGUUGUAGCAUCAAAAUAUUUCGUAUCAUACUCUGUACCAAAGCGUUUAUGACUGUUACUAGCGCGAAUUAUAUAUUAUGAUUGGUACUUCUUUUUC